ACGAUUGUUUGGCAUUCGCACGGCACGGAAUCGUACAGUACAUUUACAUUGCAAAAAAAAAGCAUAAAACAAAGUUUUAAAACAAUUAAAAGCGACCCAGCCACGGCGUAUUAUUAAAGAAGCAGCCCACUGUUGAUGCCCCAACCGCAGCAGAGCGCGGCGCCCAGCGAUUUGACGGAGUAGCAGCGCCAGAAAGCAGGGUUCGCAGGCAGAGGGGCGCAGAGAGAGAAAAUGUCACGCAAAGCAGAAGCAGCAGCAAAAGCAAAAGCAGAAGCAGCAGUGCAAGUGGAAAAAGAGUAAAGAAAAUACUCAGGGGAUUAGGGAUCAGGGAUCGCGGAUCUCGCCACUCGAAUCCUGAUCCUACGGAGAGGAGCAACCGAGAGCCUUUGGCGGCACAACCGAUGGGCAUCAUCAUCACCUGCUGCAAAAGCCAGCGAAAGUAGGAGACAACAAGGGAGCACUAAAAACUAAAACAUCCUGGCCGGGAUUGCUGAAAGAUUAAGGCUUGGAUGUCGUCGGUAACUGAGUGCGUUAUCCUACGUUGGGACUCCCCUAGCAAUCCGCUGCUGGCACCAUGCAAAGCCUGGACUCCUCAUGCCAAGAAGCCGACUUUAUUAUAAAUGACACGCUCAAGAAGUUAAAGGGCUCCAGCAAUGCGGACCAUGUCCAGGGUCUAACGGUCCACGCCCACGGCUCGGGCGUCGUCCACCAGGCGCAGUUCGUCCAGUACCAGGCGGGAUCGGGAUCCUCGCCGCAGCUGCAGCAGCAGCAGCAAUCCUACCACCAGCUGCCUCCUAAUCUCCAGCAGCAGCAGCAGCAGCAGUUCGCCUCCUCGAGCAGUAAAUCCUAUCUGGAGACCAGCCUACUGCAGGCCAUACCACAGAUUCCUGCCCAGCCGCCCAUUUGCAUCUUCGAUGACGACGAUUCGCCCACCGAGGGAACGGGCGGCUCUUUGGGCGGCCUGCUCACCGAGCCCACCUCGGCCACGCCCAGCGGUUUGCCCACUGCAAUUGCUCCAUCGCCCUCCACGUGCUCAUCCUCCACCACCACGCUGUCGAACUUCAAUUCGAUCACCUCGCCCUCGCCGGUGGUGCCCGAUCUGCUGCUCUCCACGCCGCCGGGCGUUAACUCCAGUCUGAGCAAUAGCAGCUCCUCGACGAGUAAAAAGUCCGAGAAACGGCCGGCAUCGGCACAACACCUGCACCACCAUCACCUCCACCAGACGCACAAUCAUCAUGUUUUGGCCUCGCCCACAUCGUCGCCGAACAAGCGCCAAAAGUCCAACAGCAGUAGCUCCUCUAGUCGCAGCUCAGCUCUACCCGCCGCCGCCGCCGCCUCAGUCUCCACGGCUACCUCCUCCUCCUCGUCGUCGCGAGGCGCUGGCGCCGCCGCCGCUGUCUCCUCCAACAAGCCACCUUCCUCCGCCUGCCAGUCGAGCGGGAGCAGCAGCAAGUUCUUCAAUCUGCACGAGAAAAUCAAGGAUCUGUACCUACAACUGCUGAGCAAUGACCUCAACUACUUUGCCGAAACAGGGCUAAAACAACGCACCCGCUCUUUUACACUCGAACGUCUGGUGGAGCGCGAGAAGCUCAACACAAUAGUGGUCAACCUGUAUCCAGGAAACAAAGGUUAUUCAUUGGCCCUGCACUACGAUGAGCACAUGCAGCUAAACCCGCAGACGAACGAAUGGUUCAAUGCAGACAAGGACAAAAAGCCGCCAGCGCUGGACGAAAGUCACUCAAAGGCAGCGGAGGCCAACUUUGGACUCGUGGAAGUGCUGCGUUGGCCCUACGAAAACGAUUUGCUGCUGCAGUGCAUCGAUCGCGAGAUGCUGCCGGAGUUUCUAAUGGAUCUAAUCGGCGCCGAAACGGUCAGUUUGUCGGACAGCGAGGGCACACGGGUGUACGCCAAGCCGAGCGUCUUCUAUGCCGGCUGCGUGAUUGCCCAGAUCCGCGACUUCCGCCAGACAUUUGCCACCUCAACGAAUAUCUGUGAUAUGAAGCACAUUCUGCUCAGGCCAACGAACGCCACUUUGUUCGCGGAGGUGCAGCAAAUGGGCAGCCAGUGGCCGGCGGAGGAUAAGCUGGCGCUGGAGAGCCAGCUGGUGUUGGCCACGGCGGAGCCGCUGUGUUUGGAACCGGAUCCAAGCAUAGGGCGGCAGGCCAUCAAUGCGCAGCAUCAGCGUCAGCUCUUCAACUCCCACGAACUGCGGCGCCAGAUGAAGAAGUUCACCCAAACGGCGAUCAAUCGGAAGCGCAAGCUGGAUCAGUUUACCCAUCAUCAUGGCCUCGAGUUGUGCGAUUAUCUGGCUCGUCUGCGCCAGCGACCGCGAACGGGGAGCAGCAGCAGUAGCGGCACAGCCACGGCUACGGCGCCCACCAAUAAUCCACUGGUGGGCGCCAUGCUCUCGUCGUUCACCUCGAAAGUCCCUCGACGGCCGCACGAGGUCAUCCGGCCCAUUCGUCCGCCCACACUCGAGUAUCCCGCCAAUCUGAAGGUGCCCGAACACGUGAUCAGCGUGGAAAAGUAUGCCAAGGCCUUCGAACCGCUGAAUGAAUUCAGUGAGGCCUGCAAGGAUGGCUGCCAGCCGAACUGCCGGCACAACUUCCAGCCGCAACUGAUAGAGGAAUAUGUGCUGGAAACAGAGCGCGAGGCCAGCGAAGGGCGAAGGGCUUUAUAUCACAUUAAGCUCUCCAUCUUUCAGCGGCCCUCCGAUGCCGAGUAUCUUGGUGAACUGUAUGUGGAUAGAGAUUAUCGGGAAGGCGAGCGAAAUGGCGAAUCUUGCCGCUUUGCUUUGGGCACGCGGGUGCAUGCCAAUCGAUACAUUCAGCAGUUCCGCGAGAUCUUCACCGAGGAGGGACGCAAGGCGGUCAAAAUCACGCAUUUGAUACCCGGCCAUGUGCCAAUUGUGACGCACACGGGUCUGACGAAUGAGCAGCGCAUCCUGUUGCAGCAACAGCAGCAGCAGCAACAACAGCAGCAGCGACAGGCUCAACUGCAGCAGCAGCAGCAACAACAGCAGCAGCAGCAGCCACAACAAGUUGUGAUUGUAGGCAAUCCUCAGCAGCAACAGCAGCAGCAGCAACAACCGCAGCAGCAGCAACAGCAACCCCAGCAACAGCUAUCCGCCACCGUGCAUCAUGUGGCUUUGCCGCGACAACAACUAACGCAAAAGACUCUGAAUUUGGCCGGAAGUAAUGUCAUCAAUGUACAGCAAAACUUUCGCCAGCAACCGGCGCAACAGCAGCAGCAGCAACAGCAGCAAACCUACACAAUUGAGGCAACGCAGCAGCAACAACAGGCUACAGCCCAGAUCGUCCCGCAACAACAGCAGCAGCAGCAACACAUUCACCUACAGCAGUUGGCCACCGGCAGCAGCAAUUCCUCCACAACAACUCACCAGGUUAGCCUGAGCAAUGGCUCACUGGUCCUUGUGCAGCAGCAACAGCCGCAACAGCAGCAGCAGUCGCAACAGCUGGCACAGGCACUGCAACACUCGGGCAUAACCAUCCAACCAGCCACCAUUCAGCAGCAGCAACAGCAGCAGCAGGUCAAGGGCACAACCGUCGUGGGGGCCAAUUCCGCAUUGCGUGCCCAGCUCAACUCAAAUGUGCCAAUUCUGCAAACGCAGCUGAAGGUUCAGCAGCAGCAGAUAUUGCAGAAGCAACAUCAACAGCAGCAACACCAGCAACAACAACAACAGACAACUGCCACUAGUAACAACAACAACAACAAUAAUAACAAUAUGAACAACAAUACGGCCAUACACCCAAAUCCAGCAAUAAAUGCCAUAGUGAACAGCAUUAUGAACUCUGCCAAUCAGUACCAACAACAGCAGCAGCAGCAACAACAGCAGCAACAGCAGCAACAUCAAACGGGCAACACACAAAGCAACAAUAACAACAAUAAUGGAGGCAACAACACCACGGCAACAACACUCAAAAACUCCAGCAAUGCCUCAAUUUUGAACCUGCUUAAUAGUGCUCCCGCUGCCAUGACCAGCACACCGGUGGCCAGUGGAACAUUCACCUCCUCCACGGGCCAACAGCAGCAACAACAACCGCAGACUUUGACGCUGGUGCAGCACCAGCAACAGACGACUCCCACCACCGCUGAUGCUGCCACAGCCACUUAUGUCCAAACCACCCGUGGAACACCCACGUUGGUGAGUGCGCAGCGAAAGCAGCAGCCCAGUGAGGUGCUGCAAAAUUUGUUGAAUGCCAAUCGAAAGACUACGACAACGUUUCGUACAAAUUCCGCUGGCAAUUUGAUAGCAGUUAACCUGAAUCAAGCGGGGCAGGCGCAUCAUCAGCAGGCGGGCGAUGGAAGUCAGACGGUGAGGGUGUCCAUGUCGGCACUCGCCUCCCAGUUGGCCUCUCCGCCGGCGGUGAUGACGAACCCGAACAGCACCCACAGCUACACAGUGAUCUCGUCGGGCAAUAGCGCAGCGGCGGCGGCGGCAGCAGCCUGGAUUCAGAGUCCAACGGGUCCCGUUCAGCAGCGAAUUUUGAGCACUCUGCGAAGGGACAGCACCACGGCGCCGCCCAACGCAAUUGUGGUGGGCAUGGCCGCCCCUUCGCCGGGCAGCGAUUCGAAUGCCUCGAAUGCCAGUGGCUUUGCGGUGCCCAACAAUCUGGCGUCCACUUCGAGUGGCGGUGGUGGUGGUGGAGCUUUGUCUGCACUGCUAACCAAUGCGGCGACGCCCUCGCCAUCGGGUUCGGAUCACUCGCAAUCGUCGCAGCAAAAUCAAGCGUUGCUCGAGAGGCUUAGCAAUGUCACCUCCAACGUUUCAGCCGUCUCCAUGCCACACAUGUCGCCGCAACAGCCGCAGGCGACGCAGUUUAUUACCAAAACUAUAGUUCAUUCGCCCGCCACUUCGUCAAUACACUCGCCCAUGUCUAGUCCGCAUCCGCAGCCCUCGGCGUCGCCGCAACAGCAGCAGCAACAACAGCAGCAACAGACAACCGCCACAUUAAACCUACAAGGCAUCAAUUUGUCCCAGCUCCAGGGAGCCAUGGCCAACUUUGCUGGCUUACAGAACGUGCAAGUUCAGAUACCCGGCUUCACGCAACCCAUUUCGCUGCAGUUCUCCGGGAAUAGUUUGCAGCAGCAGCAGCAGACGGGAAAUGCGGGUGCCACGGGUGCUGCAACAGCGCAGGGUCAACAGCGAAGUGUCCUGGUCUCGGUGCCCGUUUCCAGCCAGCAACAGCAACUGCCACACACGAUAACACUGCAGACGCAGCAGCAGCAGCAGCAACAUCAGCAGAACCAGCAGCAGCAGCAACAUGCUCCCCCAACGGGCACCAUUGUUAAUCUGCCUUCUGGUAAUCCAGGCAGCCAAACGGUGGUCAUAACGAACAAUGCCGGCGGAGGAGGAGUUUCGGCGGGAAGCAGCAAUAGUGGGAAUACAGGCGGCGGAGGAGGAGCCGUGCUAACUUUACCCAUUGCUCAAAUAGUCGGUGCCGGUGUUCAGAAACUAAAUCCUCAAACAAUACGUACCUCAAAUGUUGGUGGUGGUCUAGGUAUCGCCCAGCAGACGGUUCAGCAGACGGUCCAGCAGACGGUCCAGCAGCAGCAGCAGUCGCAGGGCGGCAACAGCACCGCAUCCAUCCAGCUAUUGGGCACCAUUCAGCCGCGAGCACGCAACGUCCAGGUGGUGGGCACCAAGCAACUGGCCAGCAGGCAGCUCAUCACCACCCAGCGGCAGAUUGGUGGCUCCACGCUCAAGCUGGCCACGACUCCGGUGAAUGCUGCCAAUGUGGUGACCAGCAGCGCCAGUCUAAGCACCACGCCAAUUGUGAUGUCGGGCCAGAAGCUGCAACUGAAAACGGUGAAGGCGCCCGUGCAACAGCAGCAGCAGCAGCAGCAACAGCCAAUGCAGCAGCAACACCGAAUACUCAACCAGCAGAGCACCGCCACGGUCUCCUCUCAGACACUGCCCAGUCCCAACCAGGUGCAGGUGCAGCAGCAGCAGCUGCAGCACAUACAGAUCGCCGGAAGGGCCACCACCACCGCCUCGGGGGGACUCAGCCAAAGGACACUGACUGCUUUGGCGGCGGCCAAGCAGCAGCAGCAACAACAGCAACAGGCUGCCGUCAAUCGACGGCGCUCCACCACCGAUGCGACCAAGUAAAGGAUGUGGAUUGAAGUGGCCAACGACUGAGAACUGAGAGAGCGUUGUGUAUUGCUUGAUAUUAUAGUUUAUGGUUACCUCCUAACUAUCACUACUAUCGUACAUUGUAUACCCAUAUUACUAUAUAUGUUUUGAUGUGUAAUCGUAAGUGUAAAUUGCAUGGGCAACUCAGCCUGGCCCCCCGCUUUUCGGCUCUACCGACUGCGCUUGUGUUAAUUGUGACCCCCUGGCAAAAACGAAUUAGGUGUAGAAGAGGUCUUAAUAAUAUUUAUCUAGUUGUAUAUACGCAUAUAUAUAUUGCAUACAUGUAUAUGUAUGGAAAUUGUUUCAACAUGUCCCGCGCCCAAAACGCCAUUUAAAAUACACAAGAAACACCUAUCAAUUUGGCUCCCAACUCCAAUUCGUUAAGUCCUAACACUAGCUCAUUAAGCGUGCUAAUUUUAAGCUGUAAAUCAGGGGAGGAGUCGCCGAAAACAAAAGGAAAGCAAUAAUAUGAGGAGGUAAAAUCAACAAAACACGUAAAUUAAUUGUAAAGAAAUUCUAAUUAUUACGAUUACGUUUAGCUAAGUGAGAGAGAGAGCAUGUGAACCGGGAUGGGGGUUCAUUUUAGCAAUUACAAAUAAUCAUAUUGUACUAUUAAAAUUAUUAUUGCUAAUUAUUUAAUCGAUUGCUUAGCCUAAGUUCACAAAAAAGAAGUGAAACACACACACACAUUUUAGUUUGUAAUGUACAAUUCGUAGCCUCAACCAAUUUAGUACUUCCAAUUGCAGAAACAUUAAAAAACGGAAAGCAAAAUACACAAAAAGUCAAAACUUAUUUAAACAAUUUAUUUGUAAUAGCGCAAUGUACAAUGAAACUAGAGCACCUG